CCGGAAGUUGUUUUCUUCAGGUCAGCUGAAAGUUGGAGAGAAAGUUGCUCGUGGUUCGAGGUCGGUCGGCCGGUGUUUCUCAGUCGUUGGACCGCUCAUAUACGCGCCAUGGCGGCGGCAGAGGACAUGGAACUGAGCGUAGUGGCAGACGACCUGGAGCCAAGCUUUGUCAAGUGUCUGGUGGCAGGAGGGCUGGCGGGAACAGCGGUGGAUGUGACCCUGUUUCCCCUGGACACGCUGAAGACACGGCUUCAGAGCGAGGCUGGGUUCUGGAGGUCAGGAGGGUUCCGGGGUAUCUACUCUGGGCUGGGGUCAGCUGCGGUCGGCUCAGCGCCGGGAGCUGCUGUCUUUUUUGUCACCUACGAGUUCGUGAAAAGCCUGACGGGAAGCCUCCUCCCAGAAUCCCUUGCACCUGUCAGUCACAUGAUAGGAGCUUCCGCAGGAGAAGUGGGAGCCUGUAUAGUGAGAGUACCAGUCGAGGUGGUGAAACAGAGAGCCCAGGCCAACCCAGGACAUUCCAGCUACAGUGUGCUGAGGAGAACUGUCACACAGGAGGGAUUUAGGGGACUUUACAGAGGGUAUCUUAGCACAGUUAUCAGAGAGGUUCCGUUUUCAUUUGUGCAGUUUCCAAUCUGGGAGUUUCUGAAAAAAUCGUGGUCCACCAGACAAGGCAAACUGGUGGACCCCUGGCAGGGAGCGGUGUGUGGGGCGAUAUCAGGUGGAUUUUCAGCAGCAAUAACCACACCACUGGAUGUAGCAAAAACCAGAAUCAUGUUGGCUGAGGCUGGGACAAAAACUGCAAGAGGAAGCAUUCCUUCUGUGUUAAAAUCAAUAUGGAGAACAGACGGCAUGAGGGGGUUGUUUGCUGGAGUGGGCCCCCGUACCCUGUGGAUCAGUCUGGGUGGGUUCAUUUUCCUGGGGGUGUACGACAAGUCGAAAGCUGUCAUGUCAAACUUUUCCAAGGAUGUAGUAACUUAGCUAAGGAAUAGGGUGUUUUUAGAAUAUGCUCAUACAACUUUUUAUUUCUGUUGACAUUUUGGUGGGCCAUUUGCUACCUUCCUCAUGGCAAUACUGACUAGCUCUACUUCAAACUGCAGCUAGGUAGUGCUUUCUUUGUCAAAAAAUGAGCAAUCCACCACUUCUGUGACGUCAAUUUCUGCAACUUAUGAUCCACUGCUCACCAAGUCACAUGUUCUAUCUGCAUAAAGUGACAUCACAGAAGUGGUGGAUUAUGCACUCCUUGAUAAAGAUAAUUUGGGCAAGUCCAUUUUUUUUCUUUCAGAAGGUACAGUUCAACUUUUCACAUAGCAAAAAGCACAGAGCAAUUCUGCAGUAGCCAACUGUCAAAACAAAGCUGGAAACGAGAUAUUGCAGUCUGCAUUAGGCCUGAUUGUUAAAUCUUUUUUUUUUUACUGGAAAGCAAUCUGUUCUGUUAUUUUCUUACUAAUAGAUUCUAUUUGGUGUAUGGGUUGCAUCUGUUUAUUUAUUGUAAUUUUGGCUCAUGUGCCAACUGAAGGUAACACAUUAUUAGAAUGCGUGCUUAAGGAUCAUAAAUGUAUAUUCGCAAUAUGGGUGAAAUAAAUAAAUGUGGAUAUUU